AUGACUGCCAUCGAGAGUUUCGACAACAUUUACUUGGACCUCUCCAAGGAGAGCGGCAAGUGCAGAUUCGCCGAAACUGGCUUUGGUUGGAAGCCUGCGAGCGGCGGCGACACCUUCACACUCGAUCACAGCAACAUCGCCUCUGCGCAAUGGAGUCGCGCCGCCAAGGGAUAUGAGAUCAAGAUCUUGCAACGCGCCAAUUCUGGCAUCAUCCAGCUCGAUGGCUUCCAGCAGGAGGACUACGACCGACUCUCCAAGGUGUUCAAGAACUGGUACAGCACUGUUCUCGAGAACAAGGAGCACGCUCUUCGCGGCUGGAACUGGGGCAAGGCAGAGUUCGCCAAGUCUGAACUCACCUUCAGCGUGCAAAAUCGACCUGCUUUCGAGCUCGCCUACUCGGAGAUCGCAAACACCAACCUUGCUGGUCGAAAUGAAGUGGCCGUAGAAAUGUCCCUUCCUGCCACAGCCGCCGAUUCGGGCGCCAACCCGUCGCUCGGCGGAGCUCGAUCAAAGGGCUCCAAGGCUGCCGCUGGUCGCGAUCAGCUGGUCGAGAUGCGAUUCUACAUCCCCGGUGUCACCACUCGUAAGGAGGCCGAGGGCGAGGAUGCUGGCAGUGAUGCCGGCAACGCUGAGGAGGAGAAGAACGCAGCUACUCUCUUCUACGAAACUCUGAUCGACAAGGCCGAGAUUGGCGAAACAGCUGGCGACACCAUCGCCACAUUCUUGGAUGUUCUGCAUCUCACUCCCAGAGGUCGCUUUGACAUCGAUAUGUAUGAGGCAUCAUUCCGCCUCCGUGGAAAAACGUACGACUACAAGAUCCAAUACGAUGCCAUCAAGAAGUUCAUGGUGCUUCCCAAGCCCGACGAGGUUCACUACAUGCUUGUCAUUGGUCUCGAUCCACCUCUGCGCCAGGGUCAAACUCGCUACCCCUUCGUUGUCAUGCAGUUUAAGAAGGACGAGGAGGUUACCAUUGACCUCAACCUCAACGAGGAGGAGCUCAAGAAGAAGUAUCAAGACAAGCUCGAGCCUCACUAUGAGGAGCCUCUCCACCAGGUUGUGGCCAAGAUUUUCCGUGGUCUCGGUAACAAGAAGAUUUCACACCGCAACCAGUACGGUAUCAAGUGUUCCAUCAAGGCCAGCGAGGGUUCCCUCUACUGCCUGGAAAAGGCCUUCAUGUUUGUUCCCAAGCCGGCAACUUACAUCGCCUACGAACAGACUCAGUCGGUCACCUUCUCUCGUGUCGGCGGAGCUGUGUCAGCCUUGUCGACAUUCGAUAUCACUGUUCUCCUGAAGAACGGCGCCGGCUCAUCGCAGUUCAGCAACAUUAGUCGUGAGGACCUGAAGGCUCUUGAGACCUUUUUCAAGCUCAAGGGUCUCCGCGUCAAGAACGAGAUUGACGAAGACGCCAACCUUCUCGCUGCAGCACUUGACCAAGAGAUGGAUGAUUCCGAGGAUGAGGUGGUCGCUAAGGCCGACCGAGGCUCAGCGGAUGAAGACGAGGAGAGUGUGGAUGAAGACUUCCAGGCUGACAGCGAAAGUGAUGUCGCAGAGGAGUUCGACAGCGCCCACGAGAGUUCCGGCUCAGGAAGUGAUGAGAGCGGUGUCGAUGACGAUGGCAAUGACGAUGAUGAUGACAAUGAGGAGGAGAGGCCCAAGAAGAAGAAGAAGACCACCUAA